CAUCUCCCCGCCCAUUCCCCCUCCCUCGGCCCCGGCCAGGGCCCCGCCCCUUCGGGUCACGUGACUGCGGGGCGUGCUGGGUAAAGUGCAUUCUGCUAGCUCCGGCAAUGGCAGGCUUGGUGGAUUUCCAAGACGAGGAGCAGGUCAAGUCCUUUCUGGAGAAUUUGGAAGUGGAGUGCAACUACCAGUGCUAUCGCGAGAAGGACCCGGAUGGUUGCUAUCGGCUGGUGGACUAUCUGGAAGGAAUCCAGAAGAAUUUUGAUGAAGCUGCGAAAGUGCUGAAGUUCAACUGCGAAGACAACCAGCACAGUGACAGCUGCUACAAACUGGGGGCCUAUCAUGUAACUGGAAAAGGUGGACUGACUCAAGACCUGAAAGCUGCUUUCCGCUGCUUCCUGAUGGCCUGUGAGAAGCCUGGCAAGAAGUCUGCAGAAGCCUGUCACAAUGUCGGUCUCCUGGCUCAGGAUGGACAGGUCAAUGAGGAUGACCAGCCCGACCUGGGGAAGGCCCGGGACUACUACACAAGGGCGUGUGAUGGUGGCUAUGCUCCCAGCUGCUUUAACCUCAGUGCCAUGUUCCUGCAGGGUGCUCCUGGCUUCCCAAAGGACAUGGCCCUGGCUUGUCAGUACUCGAUGAAAGCUUGUGACCUGGGCCAUGUCUGGGCUUGUGCCAAUGCCAGCCGCAUGUACAAGCUGGGGGAUGGUGUUGAUAAGGAUGAGGUGAAGGCUGAGGUGCUAAAAAAUCGGGCCCGGCAGCUGCACAAAGAACAGCAGAAAAGUGUGCAGCCCUUAACAUUUGGGUAAUGCAACCCACCUCCCUCUGAGGCAGCAAACAGUUUAAGGCUGGCAACUCCUGUUUCUGAGGCCUAACACAGUCCUUGAUCAUUAAUCUGCUGGAGUGGGAGAACUUGGGACUUGAUUUCAGCAGCUCUCGUUAUGUGGAUCCAUUUAUCUGAGUGUCACUACUGAGGUGUGGCCUACAGUGUGUAUUUCAGUUAUCUAAUUGAAAUCCCUUAUCUGAUUGAAAUCUGUGAAGGAAACCACAUUUGUGGGCCUUAAUGUUCAAACUCUCGCAGUUCUGUCAAAAGUAGCAGCCAAAAAAACCAAACCAAAACAAAACAAAACAAAAAAAAAUGCAAAGUAGAAAACCAUAGACAUUUGGGUAGGAUGGAAACAAAUAGUUGGAAGUUGGAAAGAUUAGCAGCCAUGGGCCCUGAAGGAAUCAGACAUCAUAUUUAUUAUUGACAGUGUUUUAGCUUGGAAAAGCUUGAAAAUCAGAAAGUAUCUUGAUUUACAAAAUAGAGGCUUUAAGAAGCUCAGAUCAGUUGAAAAGUCACAACUGCCACCCUCGGAUUUACAUAAUCAUUGGUGUGGGCUUUCUUUUUUCAAUUUUCUUGUAAAUUCCUGGAGAUUGGGAGGGAUGUGUAACAUGAAGGUUAAAGGUUGUUAUACAUGAGGAUUGCUGAAGAAGCUUCUAGAAGUUAAAAAUUAACAUCUCAGCCAGGUAUAAUGGCACACACCUGUAACCCUAGCACUUAGAGGCUGAGGCAGGAGGACUUCUGCAAGUCCGGGGCCAGCCUGAACUGUACAGUGAUGCUUCAUCUCAAUGAAUGAAUGCAAAAAACAAUUAUCUCCAGGGCAUUCACCUGGCCCAGCUGUCAGGCAGAAGAAACAGAUUAUUCCUAAACAACUCCAGCUAGAAAUUUGUAAGCAGAUUUUGUGACAUUUUGUCCGUUGGAACUGAACCGGUUUUUUAAGCUGUUUCUAUGAAUAAACCAUUUUUGAUGGUUUAUAAUUUGUUUUAUUAGUGUUGUCAAGAGUCUAGGUAGGGUAGAGUGCUCUUCACAAUGGUUGUGUCUUUUUUUUUUUUUUUUUUUUUUUGGUACUGGGGAUCAAACUCAUGACCUCUCACUUGCCAGGCGUUAUGCCUGCUGAGCUAAAUCCCAGCCCAGAAGUGUCUUUUUUUUUUUUAAGGAAUGUUUGCUUUUUCUGUUAUCUCCCUAAGUUGUCACCAGAGGGCGAACUUGUCAUUUUCCUGCUGAUAACAGGACCAUUAAAUCUGUCACUACCUAGUUUUCAGAUUUCAGUUUUGCAGUUGUCCUAGAAGGAAGUCCUGCCUUAAGGCUUGCAAGCUUAGCCAUCCCCUUCUCAAGUUGGCAGAGAAGGAGUUUCCCAAGUAGGUGUCACUGGCUGGAUUUCUAAACUUUCCAAAUAUACGACCCCGCUACAGCAGGCUCCCUAUUCGCAGAAAAAGACUUUUCAGUAUAUGACAGAGACAUGAGAGAAAGUGUUACAGAGUAAAAAGCAUAAAGCAGCCUUUAUUGAAUAGGUUGCCAAAGGAACUCCCAGUUUAGGAUUUUUAUAUUUGGGAGAAAAAAAGACUCCAUUGCUAAAAUUAUCAGUAUAAACAGGGCAAAAACAUUCUUCAGUGGGGCAUGAAUAUCUUAUUCCUGGGCAAGAAAAUCCCAGCAACCCAAUGAGGCCUUUGUUUUGUUGAGCCCCGAAGCUGCUGUGGCCUCAGUUAUCGGUGGUUAUCAGCAUGACCUUCACUGAAUCCUUGUGACUCUUUGACUUGUCCUUUUCCUGGCUGCCUGUAACCGCCUUUGCCAGGACUCUGCUUGCUUAGCACAUCCACAGGCCUGAAUGUUUAGAUUUCUGUUGGGAACCUCUUUUGAGGUUGGGAAAUGCUAUCCCAACCUUAGAAAAGAGAACCACAGCCCAGCUACACCUGUGGAGGUCGGAGGUCUUGCAGCUUAUUAUCCUACACCAGUUCUCCUAGCUGUCUGUGUGUUAGGACCUGCGCCUGCACCUUACUCUUAAUUGGUGACCUCAGGUGACUUCAGCAGUGUGCUGGAAGUUGCGGUUUUCUUACAAAGUACAAUUGUUAUAAAAUUUCCUUGUCUCCUUUCUCUCUCAUGUCUUCUAUCUUACCUGAUAGUGAGGGUUUUAAGAGGUACCAACCUCAUUCGUAAAAUGUAAACUAGACUUUUGUUGCUUUAAACUCUAGGCCAGAAGGUGGUAUCUGCAGCUAUUUUGAAGAUGACAAAGGCGUUGUGAGAACUAGCGUUGAUUUCAAAAGAUAUUCUGGUUUAUUUUUAUUAACUUUAUUAUUUUAUUUUUCUCUUUAAAAUAAAAAUUUAAAAUAAAAUGAACUAUGGGCCAAAAAAGGUAUGAAACAGUGCUUCCAUUUACAAAUCAUGUGGGGAUGUAAGUCAACCACAGCGAACUCUUGAAGCUUAACCAUCAGAGAACAGCCUGACUUACAACUGGGCCAAAGACCUUAGUAGAUACCUUACCGGAGAAGAUAUGCAAGUCGUAGAGCACUUGUCUAGCACGUAGCAGGCCUAGAAUUCCCCCAGGAUUGUACAAAAAGAUAGAGGUGAGAAGCAUAUGAAAAGACACCGGAUAAAGCAUGCCAUCAAGGAAAUGGAAAUUAAAACAAAAUCGAGACUACUAAACAUUUCCUAGAACUGUCAAAAUCCAGAACCCUGAACAACAUCAAAUGCAGCCAUCCUGUGGAGCAACAAGAGCUCUCUAUUGCCAGUGGAAAUGCAAGAUGGUGCUGCCCCUGUGGAAGAAGGCAAUUUAGUGUAGUUCUCAGAACUAAGCGGACUGUUAACAGCAUGUUCCAGCUGUCUCCUGGGAGUUUACCCAAAGGAAUGCAAAAUGUCACACACAAACUAGACCAUGAAUAUUUAUAGCGGUUUUAGAAUUGGCAAAACUUGGAAGCAACCAGGAUGUCCUUGAGUAGAUUAAAAGAUAAACUGGUACAUGCACACAAUAAACUCUUCAGCACUAAAGUGAAUUAUCUAUGAAAAGUCAAGAAUGUUAACAAGCGAAGUAAGCCAGUCUGCAAAGGUGCCAUUCUACAGGAAUCCGACUGUGGGACACUGGUAUCUAUUCCUGAAAAGCAAAACUGGAGACAAAACUCCAGGGGUAGAGACCUGAGCACUUGCGUAGUAUUCGUGAGUCCUAGUUUGAUUCCCAGCGCCAUAAAGGAGAAAGCACAGACACGGGUUAGGUGGGAGGAAAGGGUGACAAUUCAGGGCACAGUUUUUAGGGUGAAGCUGCUCUCUGUAGUACUGUAAUGGUGGGCAUGUGUCAUACGUUUGUGCAAACCUCUAAAAUACGUAACACCAAGAAGGAGCCCUGAUGUUCACUGACUCGGUGGGAAGGGUGUGUCAGUAAAGUUCACCAGUUUUAACAAAUGUAUUGAUGAGGCCAUUCUCAUGGCGGGCAGGGUUCCAUAUAUGGGAAAUUUGCCUUCUGGUCAACUUAGUUGUGAACCUAAAACUGCUCUUAAAAAGUACAAUAAAUCACUUUUUAAAAUUUCCAA